UAUUUAAUGAAAGUAGUUCAAAAUCCAACCUAAUAUUUUUUUGAGCAAUCAAAUAAUCCACCAUGUGAAUAUUUGCCAAAAAUAAAUGAAUUUGUUAGUAAGUUAUUGAAUCAAAAGUAAUGUAUUUUAUGCAAAAAUGACUAUAACAUGAAGGAUAGAUUACCAAGAAUAUUGAUUCAUUGUGGUCAUACAAUAUGCACAGCAUGUUUAACAAAUUUUUAUAGGUAGUAAAUGAAAAUCUAUUCUAUAAUAGAAAUCGAAGAGUUAGAUGUCCAUUAUGUUUAAAAUUAAUAAAGCAUUUGGAUUCAGUUGAUCGAUUACCUGUAAAUUGAUUAUUAAUGUUUUAGAUAAAUCAUACGAUAUUUUCAAGAAUGUCUGAAGAUAUCAACAAUAAAAGUAAAUAACACGGAGGAACAGAAGUUAUAGAUGCCUAAUAAUAUUUAUUCACACAAUUUUAAUAAUCAGCAUUAUAAUAAUAGAAAGCAAGAUAAUAACAAUAAAGUGCUUAUCCUUAAGUAGAUCCUGAUUCAGGAUUGGAGUAUUGUGAAUUUCAUAAUGAAAGAGUAAAACAUUUUUUUUGUAUGAAACAUAAAGUAACUUGUUGCAGAAUUUGUUCUGAAAUGAUACAUCAAAAAAAGGUAAUUUGAUUAUAUAAGUAGGAUUGCAUAGUAGUAGAUUUAUAUGAAAUUGAAGAUGUUCCCCAAUUUUUGAAAGAAGCUUAUUAGCUAAAUGAAGAUAAUAAUAAUCAAGAUUAGAAUUUAAUGACAAAAGAUAUGGGUUUUAUGUAGGAUUGUGAAUAAAGUAAAGAUUUCUAAUAAAAUUAGAUGAUGGAGACAAUUAAUUUAAUGAUGAAGAUCUAGAAGAUGAGUUUGAAGAAAAUAGUAUUUAAAGCAUCUGA